UAAAUGACGUCGUUAUUCUCACACAGGUAAAAACAGUUAGUUUUUCAGUUUUUCUAAAUUCGUGAUUUGGUCUGCCUUUUACAUCCGUCCAUUGCUUUAAGAGAAACGGAGGAACAAAUAUGGCGUUCAAACCAAUAGAUCCUAAACGUGACGAAUAUAGACGCUACUUGGAGCGAGGUGGUAUAAUAGAGUCAUUGACGAAAGUUUUUGUCCGUAUAUUGAAAGAGCGUCCUGAAGAUCCUACACAGUAUUUGUUGCAUAAUUUGGGUGAUGCUCGCCUACAAGCGGACAAUAUUGCAUAUUUGCAAAAUGAGCUAGAAGAUGCCCGUAUCGAGAUUCAGAGGCUAACAGAAAUAAUAAAAAGUAUAAACCCAGAUCUGUUGAAUGAAAUUCAAAAUAAAAAUGAAUCGCCUGGAGAAGAUUCAUCACAAAUUGGUCUGAGUAAAAUACAAGUCCAACAAGAUUUCACACAAGUUCACGAGUCUGAAGACGCUAGGACUGGUACCAUAUUAAUGGAAUGUGAUAAAAUAGAGAAUGCUACAAAUGAUAUCGAAUAAUUGGAAUUGCCGUUGUGUGAUUUAAACAUAUAUUCUUCUCAGUAAGAUAGAUCCGGAUAUUUCGGAUUUAAAAUGUAUGUAUUAAUCAAAAUAAAUAUGUAACUUUACCAUA